UUGUGGUGGUAGGUAUGUGCGUUUGUGUGUGUGUGUCUUUGUGUGAUCCCUUCCUCCUCCCGCUCUGAUUUCGUUAGUGCUCGGAAAUGUGAUCUUCCUUCGUCAAGCUCUCGUCUGUUAACCUUCUCUGAUACUUCCUCAAUCCUUCCUUGACCUCGUGUCCCAUUUUCCCUCCUUAAUAAUUCCCUAAACAUCGCCCCGAAAGAAAAUAAAAUUCCCUCAGAAUAAGCAUGACAUUACCCGCCACUUAUAGAUGUUUGAUUUCACAUUUUUUUUUCCCCUCGAGAGGGGAAAUCAUAUAUAUAAGACCUUAGUAAAUCCUCAUUCUGGAAUGAAGGGGAUCCUAAUUAGACUGAAGCCGGUCUCAAGAGAGAGAGAGAGAGGAGAGAGAGAGAGAGAGAGAGAGUAAGAGGGGUGUGGCGGCGUAGGGGAGUCACCCCUGCCUCCUCCCUCUCCCCUCACCCCACGAGUCCCAAACACACACACACACACCACCCGCUCGCCUUCUCAUCUGGGUUCGGAAGUCUAAGAUGUGAUCUUUCCCCUCCUCCCCCUCCCACCCAACACCACUUUUUUUUUUUUCUCUUUUGAGAACUCAGCCAACUGAAGGACUUCCCUUUUCCUCCCUUCCUCCAGCUUACAGUGAUACCAGGAAAUGGAUUAGCGACCCCGAAUUAAGAUGAACUCAGAAGAACGAAGGUUGGACCACAUAGCCUUAUGACCAGGGAUGAUGACGCUGGAGCAGGAGCGAGACCAUCCUCAGGGCGCUACCACAGCCGGUGGGGAGGCCACACCGAACACUCACCAUGCGAGGCUCACGCCGACCAUUCUCACGACCCAACCCACCCUACCAUCGCAAGCCACUCUGCCACCUACAACACUCCUGCCCACUGAACCGACCACCAACCCAACGUUUUCAUCUCCCUCAUCAUCACAGACCAUUCUGUCAGGCCACCAUUCACCCCUUAUGCCCCCUCAUUCACCAACUUCUACCACGCCCAACGUCUCCCCGAAAGUGCUGAAGCCCGGUUCCCACAGCCGACGUGCCAGGACACCUUUGCGAGGGCAGCAGCAGCAGCAGCAGCAGCAGGGAGAGAGCUAUGGCAUCCACAGUGGCACCCUUACCUUUGAGGGAUCAUCUUGGCUGGGGUCAAGACAAGUUCAUCGGUCCAAGAGUCAGAGGUCGGGUCAGAGCCAAGGCCAUAAGUCUCCUCAGAGUCAAGGCCAGAGGUCAAGAUUUGUUCAGAAAGGCAACCAGGUUCCAAGCAAAGGGCCAAAGUCCCCGCAGGGUCAUUCAGAGAGAAUAACUCAGUUUGCAGGGCAAAAACAUGCAUUGGGAGGAAUGUCAGGAAGUGCAAAACCAUCACCAGAGAGUAUGAGUAGGAGAGGGAGUGAAACAAGCCUAGGACAAAAACAGAAAAAAAUGGCAUGUGAAGUUGUACCUACUUUACCUCCUCCCCCAGAUGCUAGACUUCAAGGACGAGUGCCACAGCUUCCAACAGAUCACAAGGGUUUCCCGCAUGCCCCUCACCUGAAAUCAGUUGGAAGGAUUCCGUUAGUGGCCUCUAGUAUGGAAAGUACUGAAAGUGUGAACCUUAUGGAUCUCUCAACUGAAAAUGACAGUGCGUGUGCUACCUUGGACAUGAAAACAAAACCCGUGCAAGAUGGGUCCAGUAUGGAAGUAGAUUUUAGUGGGGUGCUAUCUGCAAAUAAAACUGGAAGCAGCCCCCUCGCCUCCCCAACGUGGGCUGCAAACACAGUAGGUUGCACAUAUAAAAAGAAUUCACCCAAUGAUCCAGCAUUCACAACUAGGGCUUCUUCAGUGUCACCUUUCGGUGGGAGGCCAUCUUCAAAAAAAACAUCUCCAACAGUUCAACAUGCCCCAGCUGUUAUGGAUGUUACUGGGGCUAUUAACACAUCAGACACAACUCCCCUUUUGGUGCAUGCAGGAGAUACAUCUUCUGAAGCAGAAGACAUAAGCAUAACGGACGGAGCAUCCGUAUCAAAUGCCACAGGGGCUGGGUUACCUGCCUCUCAGGAAGAAAGUGCUGCAAGUCCCUCUGCAAGUUCUACAGUGUCUGUUGGUUCUUUAAAAAUAUCUGACGGUUCUUCAAAAGGAUCCAGAGUUAAACCCUUAUCCUUAGUGACCUCACCAAGCGUUAGCUCUGACCCAAGCCAGAGGACAGGCAUAACAUCCCCAGCUCCACUUUCUACUCCUGACCUGAGAGUAGACAUGUUUGAUUCCGACUAUCAAGGUGAAGGAGGGUGGGUACCUGGCGAGACAGAUCCAGCCAUGGAGAUAGGGUCCCCCCCAAAUGUUCCUCAAGGUUUUCCAGCCAUUACACCGGAGGAUCUCACUCCUGCGGAACUCCACGAGUUCGACAUGAAAUAUGGUUCUCCUCAUCACGCUCGGUCUCGUUCAAUCAAAUCGCUCGCCCGCCCCACUCUGCUCGCUCUUCCCUUGGAGAGACCUCGCAUGACUUCCCUUCCAGUCAACGCAGAUGAGGAUGAUGACGACUACUAUCGCCUGAGGCACUUCUCCAUCAGUGGCCGGCGCAUAGUCAACCGUGGCGACUCCUUCAAAUCCAGAAGAACAAGAUCUAACAACAGCGUGGCAUCUGACGCUUCCAGCAGGAUGGUGGCGUCAUUGGAGGGCGGAGCAAGCUUCAUGACGUCAUUCCUGACUCCCAGUCUGCCCCCCGCCAUCACUCUCUCCUGUGACGACGUAUCAUGCAUCGCCGACGGCUGUGCCUGGUCCCAUCCUUGCUCAAGGGCCACGUCCGCUGCCUCCUCCGCGGCUUCCUCGGCAGCGUCGUCCGCCUCCGAGAUGCAGACGCCCUUCCGCGUGGUGAUGCUGGGGGCGGCAGGCGUCGGAAAGACCGCCCUCGUCCACCAGUUCAUGACGUCUGAACACAUCAACGCUUACGACAACUCUCUAGAUGAGGAAUUUGGCGAGCAGUCCGUUUCUGUGAUGUUGGACAGCGAAGAAUCCGAAAUGCUCUUUCUGGACCAUCCAGCUGACGAGAUGACGGUGGAGAACUAUCUGUCUACCUACUCCCCGCACGCCUUCGUUCUGGUCUACAGCGUCAUCGAGAGGAGCAGCUUCCUGAGGGCGGAGGAAAUGCUGCAGUACCUGUGGCGCCUCGAUGUCAUGACGAACAAGGCGGUCAUCCUGGUGGCUAACAAGACAGACAUCGUCAGAUCCAGAUGUGUGACGUCUAAAGAGGGUUCGAACCUGGCCGACUCCUACGACUGCAAGUACAUCGAGACGUCGAGCGGCAUAAACCACCAGGUGGACGAGCUGCUGGUGGGCAUUCUGAAGCAAAUCCGCCUCAAGAACAGGAAUCCGGAGCACAUCUUCAGGAAGAAGAGCAGCCGCAGGAAAAAGUACCGCGGCAAGCAGACCUCCGCCAGUCUCAAAGUGAAGAGCUUCCUGACGAAGGUCUGCGGGAAGGAACCCAAGAGCAAGUCGUGUGAGAACCUUCACGUUUUGUAAACAGGUUUGUUGGGCGUCUUUGGCAGCGGACGAGGUUUUCUUUUUUUUUUUUUAAAGGUGAAGAUUUCUUUUAACAGUUUUUAAGAGAGAGACCCUUUGUAAGGAAGGUAAAACAAGUCUAGUGAGAGCUUUAAAAUGUUGUUAGGGGCACCUCCAGGAGGAGUUCGUUCGAGUCUUUAACCUGGUCUACAGUAAAGAGGCUUUCUGUCGGUGUUUAACGUGAACAAAUUCUGUCAGGAUGUCGUGGACGGGAUUUCCUCUUUAUCGGGAUAUCAGAGAUGGACAGAGAAGCCAAAGACAGGAAAAUGAGAAACAGCAAUAAGAAUGCACUAAAUACUUACACAGAACACGUAGUACAUUCGGGUGAAAGGCCGUAUGUGACAGUUAAGUGUUGGAAAUCGAAGUGAGAGUUCGUUAAAAACGUGUUUUAGCAGACUCGCGUAAAUGAGUGCUUCGCGAGGGAAGUUUUGGAGACAUUAUUUUCUGAUCCACAGAAAUGGCACUGGAAAGAUGAUAGCUUUAAGUUCAAAAUAAUCUACUAAGAUACUAUGUUCGAAAUGUUGUCAACAAAACCUAGAGAUUCCUAAUGAAGAAUAUCGUCAGAAAACAGUCCCUCCCCAUCCCACACGUCUUGAAAUAGCAUUGACGUUAUUUUUUAAUAAUGCCUAGAUAUUUAUCUAUUAAAUCUCUUUUCGAAACGCAAUAUCUUAGCUCAUUCACCAAGCGGAACACUUUGGGGGUCGCUGGAAAACACCGAGAACGUUUCCUUCAACCUUCAGUACGAGUUAGUAGUUAACUGUGAAGAACCUUGACCCUUUUACCUGGAAUCAAAUGUAAAAUGAUUGCAUCUACAUUAGCAAGUUGCAUUGGGAAAAUAAAUUGAAAUUUAUUGUAAGUCAUACAUGAAUAUAACAGUAUGGAAUAACGGUGUAUAACUGAUAUAACUGUUAGAGUACUGCAAGUCCAAACUACAAAACAUAUUGAAAAAUUUCCCUGUGGGACAAGAGCAACUGUAGUCGGAAGUCAAAACAGGAAUAACGAGUGAAAGCGAGACACCAUGCCAUAUGCAGAUACAUAAACGGAUGUGAGAGCGACCAAAGACUGCGUACAACCAACGAUCUGUUAUUAUUGCAGGAUACGGGAAAACAGCAAUCCAAACAGAACCUCCAAAGGAUUGAAAAGGUCCUGAAGAACAAACAGACCCACAAGAAGAACAGGAUCUCGCACUUUCACAUCAAAACUUCCUUAAAAAGAGUUUAGCAUUAUUGACAACAUACUCUACAUACAGAAUUUCGAAAACGGUCAUGAAAAUGAUCCUGGAGAACUCGGUGACCGAAUUACCGUUGCGAUAGGUUCGUUGGUUAAGUUUCUAGAGUACACAGAAUCAAAUGAUAGAAUUGAUUUUUGACUGAGGAAAUAAAUCCCACAGAGUAAGGUUAUUUACGAAGCGGCAAUCUCACACUCUUCACUUUAGAAAGCAGCUGCUCUUGAUACACUUCAGUACAAAGAAUUUGGGUGUACGACCCUGGAAAUAUAGCAGUAUGUAAAGGUUCAUAUUGCAUGAAUCACUAAGCAUUCGUUCUGAUAUGACAUCUAUACGAUUCCUCAAGUAUUCAACUUCACCCGAGAAACAGAGUAAAUGAAUUAUCUUCGGCUUUUUUCCCUACAGAAUAUACUUACAUAUAA